AUGAAGGCUCAGUUUUGGACCUUUGAUGAAAGCAGUUAUGAAGGUAAUCCUCUUUUAUGUGGACCUCUGUUACAGAAAAAAUGCGGUGAAGAAGAAUCACCAUCACAGCCAAUGCCUAAUGAUGAACGAGAAGAUGAUGGAUUCAUAGACAUGUAUGUUUUCCGUGUGACCUUUGGGGUAUGUUGCAUAAUUGUGGUGUUGACAAUUGCAGCAGUUCUUUACAUAAACCCACCUUGGCGACGCAGGUGGUUUCACUUCAUUGAAGAUUGCAUUGACACUUGCUACUAUUUUCUGGUGAUUAAUUUUCUUUUCGAAAUUCCAGUAGAUAUCAGUGAUUCAGUCUACUCAAUUAAGGUCACAGAGGAGCCAUGUUCAGAAUUCAGCUCUAGUAGUCUUGAUAAGAGAAAAGCCAAGGAGAAAUGGGUUGUCAUCUGCUCCUUCAUUACUCUCUUCCCAGAAGUAGUUGGUGCUAAUAAACUCAAGGAUUUCAAACCAAUUAGCCGGAUUGGAUGCCUGUACAAGAUCAUCUCUAAUUUGCAAGCUAAUAGGUUAAAGGCUGCCAUGCCUGAAAUUAUUGGCGAGGUUGGCGAGGUCCAACAUGCUUUUAUCAAUGGGAGACAAAUUUUAGACAGUGUUCUUAUAGCCAUUGAAAUUAUCUGUCAUUUAAAGAAAUCAAAGUCAAAGGGUUAUAUUCUCAAACUCGACUUCCACAAUGCCUUUGAUUCAGUUAUCUGGGAAUAUAUUGAUGAAGUCAUGGAAUGUACGGGCUUUGGGGUAAGCCGGAGAGGAUGGAUCAAGCAGUGUAUUCAAGUAGUGUAUUUAUACAGCCAGCGUAUCUGUUCUAGUAAAUGGCUCUCUCCUAUAGAGGAAUUCUCCAUGGAAAAAGGACUUCGUCAAGGAGACUCCUUAUCUCCUUUUCUCUUUAACAUGGUUGCUGAGGACCUCAGUAGAAUGCUAAAAAUUGGUUGUGAUUUGAGAUUAAUAGACGGCAUUGCUCUUGGGCAGACCAGAGCCAUUUUGCACAUCACAUUUUUUGACUCCAUAGCUCCUGAUAUUACUGCUACUCUUGCUAACAACACCAACUCCCUUGUCAAGCAAGCUAGCAUUUCAAGUUGUGCAUAUGUUACGUUUUUGGCUGGUGAUGGAGACUACUGGAAAGGUGUUGUAGGGUUAGCCAAGGGAUUGAGGAAGGCAAAGAGCAACUACCCUUUGGUGGUAGCUAUCUUGCCUGACGUUCCUGAGGAGCACCGGAAGAUACUUGCCUCUCAAGGGUGCCUAGUAAGGGAGAUUGAGCCUGUUAACCCACCGGAGAACCAGACCCAGUUUGCUAUGGCUUAUUAUGUCAUCAACUACUCCAAGCUUCGUAUAUGGGAGUUUGUGGAGUAUAGCAAGAUGAUAUAUUUGGAUGGUGACAUCCAAGUGUUUGAUAACAUAGACCACCUCUUUGACAUGCCUGAUGGCUACUUCUAUGCUGCGAUGGACUGCUUCUGUGAGAAAACAUGGUGCAAUAGCCCCCAGUACAAGGUUGGUUACUGCCAACAGUGUCCCGAUAAGGUCCAUUGGCCUGCGGAGAUGGGUCCUAAGCCUCCUCUCUACUUCAACGCUGGCAUGUUUGUUUAUGAGCCCAACUUGUCUACAUAUCAUGACCUCCUGGAGACCCUCAAAGUCACCCCUCCUACCCUCUUUGCUGAGCAGGAUUUCUUGAACAUGUUUUUCAGGGAUGUUUACAAGCCAAUUCCUUCAGAUUACAACCUUGUGUUGGCCUUGUUAUGGCGCCAUCCUGAGAACAUCAACCUUGACAAAGUCAAAGUUGUUCACUAUUGUGCUGCUGGGUCCAAGCCAUGGAGGUACACAGGAAAAGAAGAUAACAUGGACAGAGAAGACAUCAAGAUGCUGGUUAACAAAUGGUGGGACAUUUACCACGACGAGUCCUUGGACUGCAAGAAUACUGUGGUGGCUGCUGCUGGAGCUGAAGUGCAACCAUUCUUGGCGGCGCUAUCAGAAGCUGGUAUUGCUCACUACAUUACCGCCCCAUCUGCCGCUUAAAGCUGGUGGAUUGUGGAGCUAGUAGCCUUCUAAAUUAGUCAAAUUGUAGAGGAAAAACAGUCUUUUUUAGCUCUUUUUUUUUUUUUUUUCUUGUGACAGUUUGCUGGUUGUUAAUAUCCCCAAUAUUCAUGAAGUGGGAUAGUGUUCUUUUGAGUUUAAUUUCUUCCAAGUCUGGGAGGACCUUUUAUCCCUCAUUUUGUAAAUAAAACUAUUAUUCUCUGUGUAUA